UCUGUAAACUUUUCCCUUCACCUUAGCUGACACUCUUCUGUCACAGAUCACUCCUGACACUUUUCUCCAGCUGUUGUCAUUGUACCUACAUUCAGAGUUCCAAACUUCAGACCAACACUUAUAUAUACUUACUAUACUUCUUCUUUUCCACUUACUUUCUUUUACUCUUAACCAAACGCCAUCCUCUUCUUCUCUGUCUUUGAACAACAGUAGCCUAAUUUCCAUCAGUGUCCUGUAGGUCAACAGCACUGUUGGCGGUCGUUUUUGACCCGGGCACUGACCGAUCCGGUAUGGAAAACGUUUUAAUUUGCAUUCUUUGUUUUGGUUUUACACCGGAUGCCCUCACCAUUUAUCCGGGCUUGGGACCAGCACUAUAAAACACUGAUCUGUGUGCCCUAAUGGCUGGUUGCUCGUCAUAGUAAUAGACCAAAAAAAAAAAAAAAAAAAAAAAAAAAAAAAAAAAAAAAAAAAACAAAGAAAGAAAGAAAAAAGCACUUAGGCUGGAGAUUUUGAAGAACUUGCAAACAGAUGUCAAUUUCUGUUUAGUAUGACUUAGAUAAUAAGGCCCAGAGUUAGAGUAAGAGUAAUUGCAGCAUGAUUAAAAUAAAAACCCAUCUGGAGAUUCUCCUAACAGUUCAAAGUGAAUAAAAAGAGAUAAAAUCAUGGGAACAGAGGUGGCCAAGAACCCAGAGAGACACACCAAGAGGAAGUGUGUGUUAUGUACGUGUGUGUGUAUAUGUGUUAUGUAGUCAGUGCUGAGUCAUUGCUGGGCUGGCCAGGCAGAUAGAACCAGGCUUCUGGGGGGGCCAGCUGCAGGGGGAGCCGGGGGCACGCACUGAGCAUGCUCUGCAUCAAGUACAGGAAGGGAAUUAGUUGUUGUGACAGGAGACAUCCAGAGCCGUAGUGACGCAAUGUUUCAUGAUGCCAAGUUUCAGCUCCGGCCAUUGACGUAGGCGUUCCUUGGUAUGUUGAUUGAUACUAAGGACAAAAGUGAUGCCCUAUAGAAUAUUAAUAUUCAGUAUUAACACCUUUUUUUGACUGCAUAUGUUGAUGGUUCAGGACAUGCGAAGGGAGGGAGAUGUUAGACCAUAGAUAAGAAAACGUGUUGCUCCAUGUUUGGGCCAACCACAGAAAGCUCUCUCCCUCUCUUUUUUGUGGUUUUCUGUGAUCUGUAGCACCCCAGUCUAACUCCCCCCACACCAGCCCACACACCCCUGUAUACACGCACACAUACACGCACACACAGUCACACUUCCUGUAUUUAGAGUAGACCCUUCUCUACUGCACUGGAGGAAGAUGUGAUUCUCAGCUGGUUACUGCAAUGAAUAGUAACACUAUCCAUCCACCCAACACCACCACAACAGCAGGAGGAGGUUCAAGUAUUCCAGCGCCCCAAAGAGGAUGGAGGGAAUUCUGUGAGCUGCAUGCCAUGGCCACUGCCCGGCAACUAGCCGGACACUACCGGAGCUUUGCCAGAGAGUGGCCACAACAUGAGAUCCUUCCACCAGAGACCUUUUCCGAGCAGUUCACUGACCUCUUUCAGAAGCACUUUUGCUGUGAGGUUGACCAUGAUGGCUCACCUCUCAGCCAAAACAGAUGCUCUACCUCUACAAGUAGUUCCACUAGUUCCCCACACACUGAGAAUGGCCAAUCAUGGAUCACCUCUUGGUCUGGGGUUCAGGACUAUCGGGAAGCAGGACGUCAAAGUUGUGGGACUGCCCCAUCCACUUUGAUGCCCCAAAAGGUGGAGCCCCUGGUGCUUAGCCUGGAACAUGAACAGUGUGCUGCAGGAGACCCCUUGUCUGGAAAUACUGUGGUGCUCAAAGGAUCGAAUCUUAUCUUUGGUAGUGAUGGCAACGAGGAGGUCUCUUGCCCCAGUCAUCAUCAGGGGUAUGAACUGUGGUCGUCUAACUCCUCAGCCUCCUUCCCUGGACACCUUGAGCCCACACACGUCUCUGUCAGUGAGAUUGAGAAGACUUUGAGCAGACUCUUUAAGACACUUCCUGAACCCCCCUUAAGCCCAGACCUGUCCCCUGGCAGCCCCGGCCCCACUAACAGCAACAGCAGUCCCCCAAAUAGCAGUGACAGUGUAGCUGAGAAUCCCCCAACAAGUGAGGAGUUGCCCUCCUCCUCCUCCUCCUCCCACUCUUCUUCAUGUCUUAACUCAGAGGCUUCUCCACGGGGCUUCUCAAACAGGUUCAUGAGGAGAGUAACUUUUCACUUCCUCAAUCGUUUUCUGUGGUUUCGCAACAGAAGCAUGAAUCAAAGGAGGUCAGAGGUCAGUGGCUGCUGCAAAGAAGGCCAGCUGAAGUAUAUACUGGUGGAUGACACUAUCUCAGACUCUCAGCCAAUGUGGAAACGCUGCAGACUGCUGGUCAGGCGAAUCACAAGUGCUGGCAGAGGAGGAGGAGGAGGAGAAAGAGGAGGAGGAGGAGGAGGAAGAGGAGGAGGAGAAGAGAGGUACCAGUUGGAGCUCUAUGAUCCUCCAAAGGCUCAUAACCCAACGCUGACGACUCAGUGCUCUGAUAUCCAAGAAGUGCGUCGGUGCAACCGUCUAGAAAUGCCAGACAAAAUAAACACUUUUGUUUUAAAGGUUAAUCAAGGCAACCUGAUAUUUGAGACAGCAAACGACCAGCAGGUCAGCUCCUGGACAACAGAGCUAAAAGAGUGCAUCAGCAACAGGUCAGGCAGCGUGGAUCUGGAGCUGCUCCUUUCCUCAGCAGAAAGCUUGGUUUCAGACAAUUGCAGAGGAAGGUCAGCAUCAGCUGCUCAAAGUCCAGUGACCUUUAUUUCACCAGAGCAGGUGAUACAGAGGACGGACCACUUCCUCUUCUCCUACCCAUGGUUCCAUGGGCCCAUCUCCCGAGUCAAAGCAGCAAACCUGGUCCAGGACUCUGGGCCAGAGGGACACGGAGUGUUUCUGGUGCGACAGAGUGAGACGCGCAGGGGAGACUACGUCCUCACAUUUAACCACAAGGGAAAAGCAAAGCACCUGCGUCUCUCUCUGACAGAGUGGGGUCAGUGCAGGGUCCAGCACCUGCAUUUCCCUUCUGUUAUGGACAUGCUCAGCCACUUCCACCUGUUCCCCAUUCCUCUGGAGUGCGAAACAGUGGAGGGAGUCACACUCUCCAACUUUGUAGUGGCCGGCUUCAGUCCCCCAUCACAGGGUGAGGCCCUGCUGCACGGCCUUCUGUCAAAACGUGCCGUCCUGGUCCCGUUCUCCCUCCACCGCUGGAGCUCAGAGCCCAGCCUGUCUCACUGUAGCCUCACCCGUAGCUUCAGUCACCCGAUGUCACCCUGCCGCACCUCGUCCAGUCCCAGCUCUGCGUCCCAGUCAGGAAACCAUGCCCAGACCAUGGCCAGACCCCGCACCAACCCCGCCCCUGAGCCUCGUGCACCAGCUUUCUCUCCUGCUCUCUUGCAUCACAGAGAGUCGGUGGGGAGGGGGCUUCUUCUCCACCACCCUGCCUCUCACUCUCCCAUCAUCCGCCAGGGUGACUCAGACUAUGAGCUGGAGCCUGAGCACGGCCAGAAGCUGGCGAAAGAUAACCAGUACAUGUUGCUGUGACCUGCUGAGACACAAGUGUCCAUCGGGGGUCACCGCACACACACACAGCGAUUUAAGAGCUGCAGACUCAUCAGAAUGAGCACAGUUGUCGCUGUCUAAAUAUCUAGGUCACGCCCCUCAGUUGACCAUUGUGAAUGUAUUUUUGUGAGAAUAAUUACAGUUUGGACACACAUGACAAUUCCUCUCACACACACAUUUGUAUGUGUGUGUGUGUGUGUGUGUGUAAGAUGGAGAGAGGGAGGGAGCAGCACCUAAAGCUGUCCUUUACACAACAGAAAAUGAUACAUUAUUAUUUUCAUUUUUAUUAUUAUGUUUCAGAUAAAUUGAAUAAGGUGAUCUUUAUUUAACCUCUGGGACACUUGACCUGAGCUGAUUGUGACACAGCUUUAGUCAAGUGCCCCCUUUAGGACAUUAAAAAAAAAAAGAAAAGAAACGACAUUUCACACUUGGUCUUCUUCACAAGUGUGUGGAGCAAACUGCCAGAUAAACAUCAACAACAAACAACAAACACUUCAUGGUCGAAUGUUUUUAUACUUUAGAUUUUUCUCAUCGAACACAUUGUUUUAUAUGAAUAUAUAUACAUAUAUACACACACGUAUAUUUUUACAUACCGUAUAUGUGCACAUAUAUGUAUUAAUAUACAUACAUACGUGUAUAUAUAUAUAUGUUUGAGUGUAUACACAUAUUCUUGUAUAUAUAUUUAUAUAUAGCUCCAUAAAUAUAUGUGUGUAUAUAUGUAUCUAUAUAUACACAUAUAUACUUUGGUAACAAUGUGUAUUUGUGAAUGAUGUUGUGGUUUAUUGGCUAAUGUGUGUGUGUGUGGUACAGUAUUUGCAUUAGUCCCUGUGUGAGUUUGUGUUGCAUUAGUCACUUCUGGAUUGAAUUUUUAUGUUGUUUUUAAUCAGCGUCACCUCAUGUCUGAAUCACAGAAACUAAAACUGUGCCAUGACAACAACAAUACACACACACACACACACACACAGAGAGAGAGAGAGAGCUCAGUUCAAGGUCACAACCUGUGUUUUGUGCUUUCUGAUGAAUUUUAACAAAUAUAAUUGUGUAUAACAAUAAUUAUAUUUAUUUUCAUCUGGUAGCACACAAUCCAUGGACCAUUAACUGGAAGCAUUAACGAAUAUGAACUGUCACCAAAGACUUUGUUCAUAGUCACUAAUGCUGAACUCUGACCAUUUUGUUUGUGUGGAUUUUCCACAUUAGUCUCAGAAAUGUGGUUUGUUGUUGGAGCAGAGGAAACAACGUCAAGACUCUUUAUGGAAAUCAGACACUGACGAUCAAAGACUGUCUCUGUUGGAAAAUCAGAUUUAACAUCUUAAAUCAACAGCAUUAAUUGCCUCUUAUUAUUAUUAUUAUUUUACUGUGGAAGUGAUGCCUUCACUCCUUCACUCCCAACUUCUCUGACGAAGUGUCCACACAAGUGAUGAUCAGACACAUAUUCCCUCUACAUCUGCUUCUCUCUGUACCAGAAUUCUAUUCCAAAUUUCCAAGUGCCUUUGUCAAAAACAGAGAUUAUCCGAGAUUCAAACUGCCAGCUUUGAGAUGUGCCAACAGAAAUCACUGACUGUGUAUGGGGACGUGGAUGUGGUCUGUGUUAGUACGUAUGAUGUAUGUGUGUGUGUGCGUGGAAAUCUGAGGAGAAAUGAUUUCUCACUCAGGUGACACACUUCAUUAAGGAACUGUGUAUUAGACUGAGCUGAGUUAAUCACCAGUAUGUUAAUAAUAUUAAACACAGAAGUUCAGCUAACACAGUGUAGCACUGCAACUGGAACUUCAGCCAGAAGUAUAAAUUGAUUUUUAAAACCUCAGCCUGAGCACCACCAGUGGUACGUGAACCAUAGUUUGAGAAUCUUUGAUAAAUUUUAUGAGAUUUCCAAUCACACACAGUUUCCAACCAGUGAGGACCUUUUUUUUUCUGCAAUACUUCAAAAUUUCCAGUUUGCAAAAAUUGACGACGAUUCAUUCCUUGCACACAGUUGGUGGAGAAUACAGAACAUGUCAUCACUCAACUCAGGUGAUUUCUUUAUAAAAAUGAUAUAAAAAUGAUAUCUAUAUAUUUUUUGACCUAUUUUUCCAACUAAUUUUGAAAGGCUUUCCUACUAAAAUGAAACAUCAAAGAAAUGUGUCUUCAACACAUUUCUUCAGUCGUAGCCACUAACAACCAACCUUGUCCAACGAUGACGACCAAGCAUGGUCACAUUUGUUUCAGUAGCGUCCAGUAGCGUCCAGUGGGAUAGCAUUGGAAGAGAACGUGCUAAGACUAAGUGUCUGUCUUCUAACGUGGCUUUAACACUAACUUCAGCUGUUUAUUUUGUAGACGUCAUGUGGCUAACGCUUACGUCUGUCUGUUUCUCUGUCCUUCUUCUCUUUAUUGUUAAGUGAAUAAACAAGUGAUGUGAUGUGAACUUCUUCUAUUGUACAACGACACGUCGCCAAAGGAACAUUUUUACAAUGGUUGUGUCCUCUUUAAUGUAUUAUCUGUUUGAUGUUGACGUGUGUCAAGUGUUUGGAAGGGGAACAAAAACAAGGAUGUUUUUGGCAAAAGUACGGUUGGUUUUCCUGCAUUCAUGCGCCCGAGUCAAAGCGUAACUCUUGUUUCAUUCGUGCUGAAGGAAAGCAACGGUAGUGUUAACUAUUUGGACUUUUGACUCCUGUGUCUUUGCCUUCUGUCGGAGGGAAAAGGACUGUGCCUUUGCCAGAAAGCUGCUGUUACUUUUCCCCUUUUUCUGGAAAGCUCAGGGUGUGAUGUGAUGUAGAACAUGUGUAGUGCAAUAUAAGAGAAAUGCCCAGUGCUUUACACCUGCUUCUGUGUGUACCAGUGUGUGUGUGUACCGCACGAGCAGCAGCAGAUGGAUAGAAUAUAGGUAUAAAAGUAUUUGCAACUGCUCAAAGUUAC